UGGCCUGAAUUGUGAAAUAAUGAAUGUAGUGCAUUCUAUGGACAGGAUAGACUGAGGGUGUAGUUUCUUGAAUUGCCACAGCUUGUCUUGUUGAAUCAACAUUGCACAGGAAUAAAAUGCCAGAUCUUUCAGAGGUGUAGUAAUUUUUUCUAUAAAAUAAGAACUUUUCUGGUGAUGUACUGCUCCCAGGCAGCUCAGUUGCCCCUGGGAGAUUAUCUGAAUUGCAGGUUAAUUGUACUUUGGCAGACCUGAGUCUCUGAUGGUGGCUGUUAGGUCAGACACACCAGCUAUCCCACAGUCCAGAAUGCUGCCACCAGAAAAAGCAGGUUUGGUCAGUUGUACUCAGUGAGUUGUGCUGGACUGAGGUGCCACCGGGUGGGACUGUCUAUGCUGUGAAAUCAGCAUUUGCUCUUCCAGUGAGCUGCAGAUAAUUCAUGGUUUGCUUAGGGUUCUUUUUUUUUCUUUUUUUUCCGUUUUUUUUAUGGUUGGGUUUUGUUUGUUCGUUUGGGUUUUUGUGUUUUUUGUUUGUUUUGUUGUUGUUGGCUUGGUAUUUUUGUGGGGGUUUUUUUGUGUGUAUGUGUGUGUGUGUGUGGUUUGGUUUGGGUUUUUUUGUGUCAUUGUUGUUUUUUGUUGUUGUUUUCAGCCUGUCCAAGCUGCAAUUGAAGACUGGAGAUUUAGACCCGCGCUUGUUUUCCCGCCUGAGGCACCUGCAGAAACUUGAUCUCUCUGAUAACUUACUGGACAAAUUUCCCAACAGCCUAACCCUCCCUGAUCUGCGUGUCCUGAACUGCAACAAUAACAAGCUGGAAGAUGUAACUGCUCUGAAACAGUUCCCUCUGCUUGAGGAGCUGACCUAUGAGAACAAUGCCUUGACACUCAAUGAUGACUAUAAAGUAAUGUUUCUUUUGCAAAAUCUUCGUCUGCUCAAUGGCAAGGACAUAACCAAACUGGCCAACCAUGUGAGACGUGUCAACAGCCGUAAACUCACCAGCAAGGUUACUGCUCACUGGGAAAAAUUCUUCCGUGAUCAGCUCCCUGAGAAACACACAGCUGAGCAGGUGAAGUCCAUCAAGGAGAAGUUCCUGAAGUCAGUACAGACCAACGUGGUGUAUGGGCCCAGCUCACUCAGCGAGUUCACCCGCUGGCGGGUGAAGAUGAUUGCAGAAGAGUUUCUGGCAUGCUCACUAGGUCAGGAGUUAAACUCUGAUACUGAACCAGAGGAAAAGACGGAUGAGAAUGAGGAAGAAAGCACAGAAAGCCCCAGGGAAGCUGCAGAAGACACGGCUCAAGUCACAGUAACACCCAGCAAGAGGAAAAGAAAUCAUUCAAAAUCAAGCCCUGGAAACAAGAGGUCCAAGACCCAGGCAAACACUAAGGAGGAGACUGAAGUUAAUCCCAGAAAAUCCAGUCAUGUGGAGGAUGACCCAGCUCCUGAUAAACCAAGAACAUCAAACCAACCAGUGAAGGAGGCAACCCCUGAACAGGAAGCUGAAGGGACACAGAAGAAUGGAGAGCAGUUUCCCAAGGGGAAAAACAACAGAAGAUCCAGCCAGAUGACAGGGGAACAGAAAAGCCAGGAGGAGGACAACGGUGUGGUUACCUUGACCCCCGUGAAGAAUUCCAAGCGCAAGGAGGAUGUCAGUGCAGAGCCAUUGCAUUUUCUUCAGUGUCACAGUAAAGGCAACAGCCGCGAGGAUUUUAAAACGCAGCUCUGGUCCUGUGUCUUCGAGCCAGUGCUAGACUCUGGAGCCAGGAAAGAUCCCAUUGUGAACUCCUCCAGAACUGUGGCAACCUGUGGAGGGGAAUCUGUCUGUCUGAUUGAUUGUGAGACAGGGACGGUGCUGAAAAAGUAUAAAGUAGCUACAGAGGAGUUCUUCAGUGUUGCAUGGACAACUCUCACAAUGGUUAUCAGCGACAGCCGCAAGAAAGCUCACAACAUCCUGGCAGCUGCAGGGAGGAGAGGGAUUGUCAAACUGAUCCACGUGGCAGCUGACUUCUGCUAUGGAGAGAUAAAGGCUCACAAAAAGCCCAUUGCUACUGUCUGCUUCAGCCCAACCCAAAAGACUCACCUCUUCACUGCAUCCUAUGACAAGCGAAUUGCACUCUGGGAUAUUGGGAUUCCAGACUGUGACUACAAUUUCAAAGCAAGCCAGCUGCUGGUGCUGGAAACAGCCUCUAUUCCCCUACGGAUUGCCCUGGUCCCCACCUGCCCUGAGCAGUACCUGCUGGCAGGCUGUGAAGAUGGCUGCUUUGCCUGGAACAUAAAACUGGAUAAGGGACAAAAAAGCAGGCCUUUUGAAGCCAUAUUCCAGUUUCCUGACGAAGAAAGCAUGACAACAUCUCACAGGGUUGAUGGUUUGGCUUUUCUCAAUGAUGAUGUCAUUGUUUCCAAGAGCUCCAAACCAGGAUGCAUAUACCUGUGGAGCUGGAGCAGAUCUUUUGAUGCCAAGGGAAAAGGAUGCCAACAGACAAUGUCUGCAGUCAUUCUAGCUGAGCUGGAAUGGUCCACAACAGACAUGUCCUACCUGACACUCAGCACCUGCCCAGCAAGAGAGUAUGUGUUCUGUGGGGAUGAGAAGGGCAGUGUGUGGAUGUACAACCUCUCCAACUACACCACAGCCUGGGGCUCUGCCAAGGGAAAGCGCUCAGAGCAGCAGAGGAUCUCUCCCACACAGAUCCUCAAGUGGCCAGAGCUCCGGGUGAACGGGGAGCAGCCUUCUGAAAUCCUGGUGAACAACGUGGUAGCAGACCCUGCCUUCACCUACCUUGUUGUUCUGACCAGUGUGAACAUAACAGCAAUCUGGAAGAAGUCAUAGGCCCCCGUGCCACAGCUCUGCCCCCGUGCUUUGACCUAGUGCAGUAUUAGUGACUGUUACCCAUAUGCCCAUGAACGUUUUCUAGACCAGCUUUAUGUGCAAAAUGGAGGGAAAAAAAAAAAAAAGGUAAGAGCUUGUUAAAUUCAUCAGUUCAUUGUAAACAUCCGGUUUCUUUUACUGUAAGUUUUCACAAUUUGUGCAUUUGUUUUAUAGAAAUGACACUUAAUAAAACAAAAUACCAGUUCA